AUGCCGAAGGGAUUCAUCGCCGCCGAAGGCACCUGCCUCGACGGGGAGGUGCUACGCCAGCUUCUCCAGGACCAGGGGCUGGACUUGGCGCACGUGACGGUGAUGACGGGAUGCAAGGACCUGCAGGGCGCCGCGGUGGGGAGAUGCGCCUACGGGAGCGGGCUCCUGCUGCUGGAAUCGCCCCAAGCCAGCCCCGCGCUUGUCGGCCGCCUCGGGGAGGCCCUCCUGCCCGGGUCCCCACUGGAGAUACGGCUGCCGGAGGGAGCUGACGCUGGGGAGGUUUCGCGGAACUGCUUACUGGCGGGGUUCAUCAGUCGUGGUGUUACGCAGCAGAAUGGCAAGGUGGUCGUUCGGAAGCCACAAUGGGAAACAGGUGCAAAGAGUUCGAUAACAUUGAAAUCUGAAAGAGCAUCUGCACCAGCAUCGAAGCAACAGGUAUGGAGUGUUGUCCCUGAAGACGAUGAAUUGCUUGACGAAGACGAAUUCCUCACAGAAGAAGACUUGAAGCCACCAGCGGCAGCGGGUGGAGGAAGUGUUGGCUCAAAGGAUGCACCUGUGCGCAAGGCAUGCAAGAACUGCACAUGCGGCCGUGCAGAGGCUGAGGCCAAGGGCGUGAAAGUUGAGCUUACGCAAGAAAUGCUGGACAACCCACAGUCCGCUUGUGGGAGCUGUGGGCUGGGUGACGGGUUCCGCUGUGCGACCUGCCCCUAUCGUGGUCUGCCAGCGUUUGAAAUGGGCAAGAAAAUCAAGCUGACUAGCGACUUCCUGGUUGCAGAUGCCUAA